UAAAACCAACUGAAUGCAGGGUUUUUAAUACAAAAAAGCUUUUUUCUUCAAACAGUAUGAUGAAAAUGUCUCUUGUGUUUCACUUGUUGAUAACAAUGUCAUGCGUUAAACUGUUGCAUAUACUUAUUAGGCUAUUGCAGGUCUUGUUCUGGCACUUGCAACAUUUCCAGCAGGCAGUAAAAGCAUUACAGGAAAUGUUGUUUAUUUAGUCAGCUGCGCCUGCAUUGAUUUGAGGUGAAAGUUACAACACAGCGAUCUGGAAAUUAUUUUCACAGCGAGAGAAUCCAAAUGAUGUCCAGUCAGAAAACGAGUUUGGUCAUGUCGCGGCUCUGACUAGCCUCUGUCCGGAUCCCUGGCUGGUUUCAUCACUUCAUUGAAAAAAGAAAACCAAAAAAACAAAAGAAUACCUUAAAAGGCUGACAGGAAAAUAGAGACAGAAAGAGGGAGAAAGUAAUUGAGGGAGGCUGAGGAGGGAAGGAUCAUAAAGGCAAAGGGACAUCAUUCUUCUUCGUCAAAGCCUCAAACCCUCUGAAGGAUGUCUGAGGGAGACGUCACAGUGCUGCCAUUGGGACCUGCCUCUCUGGAUCGCUCCAGGCACCAGGCACUGACCAGGCUCUACAGCCAGAACGGAGGAUAUCACCUGAGAAUUUUACCAGAUGGAACCGUGAGUGGUGGGAGGAAGGAAAACGACCCCUACGACAUCCUCAGGCUGAAGGCUGUGAGUGUGGGAGUGGUGGUCAUCAAGGGUGAGAGGGCAGGAAGGUACCUGGCUAUGAACAGAAAUGGAUGCCUCUAUGGAUCUCUAGCACUGAAUGAUGAGUGUUACUUCCUGGAGAAGUAUGAAGAAAACCACUACAACACAUAUUGCUCUCAGAAGUACAACUGGUAUGUUGCGCUGAAGAGGAACGGCCAACCCAAAGCAGGACCAGACACCCACCAGGGUCAGAAGGCCAUCUUUUUCCUGCCAAGGCCUGCAGACAACAUGUAGAGUAAGAUGGCACCGGGAAAGAUGGGCAUGCUCAGUGAAGUCUUCAAAUGCACCUUAACAGUGAAAUGUUACGCUCGGCAAAGUAUCCUAUUCAAAGGUCACUUAAAAAGAAUACAAUAGGCCGGGAAAGCCUGAGGCAAACACAUACUAAUACUGUUUUUACAAUUAGUUCAAGCUCUGUUUAAUAUCAAUAACCUAAAUGUUCGUUUAUUCCUCUUGUUUAUGCGGGGAAGAUGUGAUCAGGCUAUUCCAGCUCAUGUAACCAGCUUAUAUAUGUUUAUCACAGGGAUAUGAGCUAAUAUCCCAAACACUUUCUGCCUAUAAGCACAUAAACACCCUCUGACAGAAAAAAGGGUGCGAUAUCAGUGCAUGUCAGUCCUGAAAAAUGAGUGUUCACUUUGAACCCUGUUAUGAAAUACCACUGCUGGAAGACAGCAACGGACCGCUUUUACAAAGAAAUAGUUUCACAAUUGAUCACGUCUGGCACAAAGGAAACCAAUAAAAGCAGAAAAAAUAAAAAUGCCGACCAUCUGGCUUUCAAUUUAAACUCAGGCAAACAAGGUCUUUUAAAGUCUGUAAUACAUGGAUUAAUAAUUGUAAUAUAAUUAUUCCAGUUGCUUAACAGUGCUUCAGUAGGGCUGAUGUUUGCUGACUUCUGAAUGAUUGACAAUCGCACUUGUAACUACUUUUAAUUUGCUGAAGCCCGUUUAAUGCCCGUAUCUGUAACCACAUCUGUUCUAUGUGGAAUAUCAGUAUUUUCAAAAGCUCACUUGAUGAAAGCGGACUAAUCUGCACAAAAAAAUAUUACUAGUCAAGUUUCUUCACACAAUAUUAGAAACAUCUGCUGGGGAUAAAACAGACUAAAAUUUAAACCAUCAGGGUGUCCCCACAGGGGCUAUAGUUUUCAAGUUUACUAUAAGUUUCAAUUUAAGGUCAAGGGACAAAGUUGAAACAAUAUCAUCUUUCUGCUAAAAUGCUGCUAUUGAAAACAGCAGAACCUUGUUAAUAAUAGGGUUAGCCCCGACAACAGGGGAGUAUUUGUAUGAUUGUAUUAUUUUAUGGCAUUAUUACAUUGUUAUUCUGUGCCAAAGUCAGCCGGCAGUCCUCAAGGCAAAUGUGAAAACCUUGUUUCAGUAAUCAGUGGAGUUAUCAUUGAGUUGGGUAUGUUAAGGAAAAUGAGGAACCAACGCAGAUUUAACAUCUAGGUGGCGCUAAAUGCUCAAGUUUGGAUUAUUUGAUUCAGGUUAUAAGAAGUCAGAGGUGGACCAAAUAUUGACCCUUCUGUCAUGGUCCACAGGAGUUACACAAACUGUAUUUCACUAGGCAUCACAAUCCAGCAGAGGUUUCUGUAAACUCAUUUCUUUUUCUUUUUGUUGAAACACCUGACUGUAACAUUGUACUAGGUUAAAUUACUAUUGUGAAUAUUUAUUUAUAACAUUUUAUGGCUUUUGCUAAAAUUUAAUCUCACUGAACAUCGUAAUGGACAUUUAAAACAAAAUUUAUACAUAUAUAAUGACGGCGAAAAAAGGUAAUGUGAUCACCUUUUUUACAAAGUAAUACAUAUUGUAUUAAGCGUAUUCAAAUGUAUGAAAUAAAAUCUGCAUUAUUAUCCAUGAAGAAAUAAAUUGUAUGUUUGAUUUGUUGUACCUAUGAUUAUUAUUCCUUCAAAA